GGGCCGGCUAUCUCCCACCAUGUCCGACGAGGCCGCCGCCACGACUUCGUUCGAGAAGUUUCUCACGCCGGAGGAGCCCUACCCGUUCCUGGGACCCCCUCGCGGAGUGGGCACCUGCCCGAGCGAGGAGCCGGGCUGCCUGGACAUCAGCGACUUCGGCUGCCAGCUCUCCUCCUGCCACCGCACCGACCCGCUCCGACGCUUCCACACCAACAGGUGGAAUUUAACUUCCUGUGGAACAAGUGUUGCCAGUUCAGAAUGCAGUGAGGAGCUGUUUUCAUCAGUUUCUGUUGGAGACCAAGAUGAUUGCUAUUCUCUGUUAGAUGAUCAAGAUUUCACUUCUUUUGAUUUAUUCCCUGAAGGGAGUGUCUGUAGUGAUGUAUCCUCUUCCAUUAGUACAUACUGGGAUUGGUCUGAUAGUGAAUUUGAAUGGCAGUUACCAGGCAGUGACAUUGCCAGUGGGAGUGAUGUGUUUUCUGAUGUCAUACCCAGUAUUCCAAGUUCACCUUGCCUGCUUCCUAAAAAGAAAAACAAGCACCAGAAUUUAGAUGAACUUCCUUGGAGUGCUAUGACAAAUGAUGAGCAGGUUGAAUAUAUUGAAUAUCUAAGUCGUAAAGUCAGUACUGAGAUGGGUCUUCGGGAGCAACUGGAUAUUAUUAAAAUAAUUGAUCCUUCUGCUCAAAUCUCGCCUACAGACAGUGAGUUUAUUAUUGAACUUAACUGUCUCACAGAUGAAAAACUGAAACAGGUUAGAAACUAUAUAAAGGAGCAUAGCCCUCGCCAGCGGCCCACACGAGAGGCCUGGAAGAGAAGCAACUUUAGUUGUGCCAGCAUCAGUGGAGUGAGCGGUGCCAGUGCCAGUGUCAGCAGCAGCAGCGCCAGCAUGGUCAGUUCUGCAAGCAGCAGUGGGUCCAGUGUUGGAAACUCUGCUUCAAACUCCAGUGCCAACAUGAGUCGAGCACACAGUGACAGCAACUUGUCUGCAAGUGCAGCAGAACGGAUUCGGGAUUCAAAAAAGCGAUCCAAACAGCGGAAGUUACAGCAGAAGGCCUUACGCAAAAGACAGCUGAAAGAGCAAAGGCAGGCUCGGAAAGAGAGGCUCAGUGGCCUCUUCCUGAAUGAAGAAGUGUUGUCCUUGAAAGUGACUGAGGAAGACCAUGAUGCAGAUGUAGAUGUUUUGAUGUAAUCAGGGUGGCUUUAUCUGUGUUCUUUCUAAGCUUUUAUGUAUUCUGUUUUGAUUUGUUUACAUGCAUCUUGACCAAACUUUUUGGUUAGGGAUCUGCUAAUGUGCCAUUAAUAAUUUAGGCCAGUGAUUCUCAAUGGGUGGUCCCUGGGCCAACAGCUACACCAUUAUGAGAAAUAGUUAGAAUUGGGUCCCAUCCUAGUUCUAGUGAAUCAGAUACCCCAGGGUAACCAGAUACCCCCAUUGUCUUUUAAUGAGCACGAGGUUAUUCUAUGGCACACUUGUUUUAAGAACCACUGAUUUAGGUAAAUGUUUUGACUAUUUAAAUUUCAGCAUGGUUGAAUGGACUUUUUUCAAAGACUAGUAGUAUAUUCUGACAGUUUAGAAGGUGUGUAAGUACUGCUGACAAUUUGUGUAGAGAUUAUAGUUCAGUUCUUUUUUAUGUUGCAGUUUCUUGGUUUACAUUUUCUAGAGGGCCUUAGGAUCAUUAAAAAUUCUUAGUGGAAAUGUUUUUCAGGUGGUGGAAGUGGGAUGUGGUUUGCUGUUUACAGUAGUGCCUUCAUUGGGUUUAUUUCUACCUGUUUCCCUUCAUUAUUAACAGGUAUAAAAACAGGCCCUAAUGUCUUUACUGUUUGACUUUAAUUUUUCACUUUAUGUAAAUUCAGAAUCCUUUACGUAAGUGAUAACUACUGAGGAAAUAGUUACUUGUAGGUGAACUAUUAGACUUGAUGCUGUAUUAACAGGAAGCAAUUAAGAAAAACAACCAAAUCAGCUUUUGCAGUGUUCUCUAAAAUUUUAGGCUAUCUCAAAAGCAGAAAGUCUCUUACUUUCUGGUAUGUUUUUUUCCCAGUACUGAUCUAAAUUUUUAAAUGAUUUGGAAUAAAAAUUUCUGACAUAUGAACAGCUUAUGCUCAAAAAUAACUAAAAGAAAACCUUACAGUUCUUCUAAAUUUCUCUAAACUGCUAGAAAUACAUGGAGCAGAAAGAUAGAAGACAUCUUAAUUUUUUGACUAUUAAUAGAAUUCUGAUUUCAAGUUUUGAAAUCAUAGAGUUUAAAUGUUUUAAUGUAGAAUUUGUUACCAACAUAAGAAGUAGGAUGAUUCCUUUUAUUAUGUGUUUAAAGAUUCACAUGGGUUAAAGAAUAUGGGAGCUGAUACUACUGACAAUCAAGCUGCUUUCUGAGUUUCACAGUUUUUAUAUUGUGGACAACCUUUGGAAUGGUUCUGUAGAAGUUAUAGUAUUAGUUAAACUAGAAUUAGAGAAUAAUAGGAUUUCAUUUCAUUUUUAUAUACUUUUAUCAUUAGAGAAAAGAUUAGCAAUUAAAUUCUUAAUUCUCAGUUGACACAAGUCUUAAUAUUAACCAUUGCAUACUUAAAAUUUUUAAAUUUAAUUUUAGAUCCUGAAUGUUAAAGAAUUGAAACCAAUAAAAAUAGAUCCAUUGAAGAGUGAUCUAUAGAUCAAUUAGUUGAUUUCUGUGGUACGGUUGUAACAUUUUUUUUCCCCUUUAUUUUAUUUUAUUUUUUUUUACAGUUGUAGAUUUACAAUUUUUUGUGCUUUGGUUUCAAUUAUACAAUGAUCAGAUACCCAUCCCUCCACCAGUGCCCAUUUUCCACCACCAUGGGGUUGUAACAUUUUUAAGACUGCUACAUUCAUUGGUAGUUCUCAGAAUCCUUUAAGCAUGGGGAAAUGGUCAUCUUUGUAUUUUCCUUCUACAUAUAAGAAGAGUAAAUUUGCAAAAGAAUAAAUGCAGAGAAGAGCAAAGACAGCUGACUUCUCUGCUUGUUCUUAGCAAAAAUAAACUCUCAAAGAUUGAUUCUUCUUGAUCCACUCUUAAGUGAAAUUAGGCAACCUUUGGAUACUUAAAGCAAGUUAACUGUUACAUACAUGGAACCAGUAAAAUAAAAUCUUAAAUAUGGACAUGAUAUAAUAAAGCCAAUUCCUCCUAAAAGUUACACAGUCUUAUUACUUUAGAUUUAACUUUUUAAAAAACGAUUUAUUUUGGUACCAGGUUUAUGUACUGUUAAUUAUCCUUUUCAUAGAUGCAUCAUUCCAACGCCACACCCAAACCUUAGAUUUGACCUUAUUCAUCAAUAAAUGAGCUUACCAAAGUACCAUAAAGCCAGUUUUUAAGGAUUAUAAAGAUUUGAAUGGUUAUAAGAAAGUGUUCCAUAAAAAAUUGUGUAAGUCUGAAUGAAAUAUUUUUACAGUAUUAUAUAUUAGAGAUAGUACAUAAAAUUGUUUUGGAGAUUGAAAAUUAUUCCUCUGAAAGAAAAACAUUAAUUUUCAUUUGCUAAUGAUCAAAGACAGAGUUUAAAACCCCUCAAAUAGCACAAAAGAGAUAAAGCUCUUGCCCUUAAUGUAUUGUAUACUUUUUUUCUGUCUCAAUGCCUCAUGCAGAUCAAGUUUUUUGUGACUUCUUAAAAUAAGUAAUUUGUUGUAUAUCUGAGUACAUUUUUUUUGCCAACCCGGCAAUGCUCAGGGGCUACUCCUGGCUACACUGAGGAAUUACUCCUGGCAGUGCUUCAGGAUCAUAUGGGAUGCCAGGGAUUGAACUUGGGUCCGCUUCAUUUAAGGUGAGCACUCUACCCGCUAUACUGUUUCUACCACCCCUCAGUUAAUUUUAAAGCAAUCCAGCUUAAUUUUUUCUUUUUAAAUAUAGCACCGUCCGUAGCACUGUCUUCCCGUUGUUCAUUGAUUUGCUCGAGCAGGCCCAGUAUCGUCUCCAUCAUGAGACUUGUUGUUACUGUGUUUGGCAUACCGAAUACAUCAUGGGUAGCUUGCCAGGCUUUGCCAUGCAGGCGAGAUACUCUCAGUAGCUUGCGGGUCUCUUCGAGAGGGAUGGAGGAAUCGAACCCAGGUCGGCCGGCCAGCUGUGUGCAAGGCAAACACCCUAUCGCUGUGCUAUCACUCCAGCCUUUUCUGGAGUGGCCGACCCCUCCCCAACUAGGCCUCAUUUUAAAUAUAAGCAAGUUAAAAUGUGAAAUUUUUUUCAGUGUUUUAAUAUACAUUGAAUUGACAUUGGAGCAGAUAAAUCUUCCCUUCAGAACUAUCUUUGGUUUUGUCUCGCUUCUUUUUUGGUUUGUUUUUUUAAUUUUGUUUUUGGGCAGCACGCAUCUGUGCUCAGGGAUCAUUCCUAGCAGUGUUGGGGGACCAUAUGCAGUGCUGAGGAUCAAACCCUGUUUGUUGGCAUGCAGGGCAAAUAUUUUACCCUCUGAACUAUAUCUCUGGUCCCAGAAAUAACGUUGUUAACUGAGGGCAUAAUAAAGUGCACUCAGGUUUAUCCAUACACACAUUAUUAGAGUUUUAUGUGUAGGUCAUUUUAUAUCUCAAAAGUAGAAAAAUUACAUUUUUUGGAACCUGUCAGUCACCACCACAAUUCUUAAAGUAUGAACCUAUAAUUAAAAAGGUACAUCUACAGUUUC